GCGCUAUCUCCCAUCGUCGGCCAAAGUCCACAUAACAGUACGACGUCAUGAUCCAAGGAACCAGGCAUCCGUCCAUGUUUCGCAGCCCUAGAAUGACAUUUGACAGCGAAUUCGCGUCGUCUUGCACGGCAAUCGCGUACAGCGGAGACACCCCGACCACCGACGCCGUGAGGUUGGUCGUGGACGCCAGGGCGCCGUGGCCAGCCGAGAGGAUUUGGACGUUGGCUGUGGAACUGGCAGUCACUUGCAGCAUCGUGUUGAACCAGUUGCACACGUACACGUGGGUCUGUGCAUCGAACGACGCCCACCAAAAGUCGUUGGUCAUGGCCGAUUUGGUCAGCUCCAGAAACGUAUAACUGCCCGCGAUCGACGUGGUCAUGUACAGCAAACUCAGCCCCCCCAGCCACGCGUGUCGAGUUCGAAACGAUGGAGACCUACUAGUACUACUAGUAGUAGGA